AUGGAAAACAAUGAUCUGCUUGCAAUGCAGACAGUUGCAGCAAUGAUGAUAUUGCCCAGUGACUAUACCAAGCUGAAAACGAAGAUAGGAAAGGGCUUUUCCUACAUGAAAGCAGAUGAGUGGAAGUCUUGGGUAUUGGUGUACUCUCCCAUGCUUCUAAAACCAGUUCUUCCGUCCAAUAUGUUCAAUGGCUGGAUGCACUAUGUAAAAACAUGCCAUAUACUUGUAAAGCCAUCAAUCAGUUUCAUCAAAAUAGACCAAGCACACAGAUAUCUACAAGAAUUCUGUCAAUCUUGUGAAGAUACAUAUGAACCAAAAGUCCUCACUUGCAACAUGCAUCUGCACCUCCAUCUUCAUGACACAAUUUGUGAUUUUAGACCCAUGUAUGGCUAUUGGCUCUUUGGUUUUGAGAGAUACAAUAGUUUGUUAAAGAAUAACAAGACAAACAGAAAAGACGGGUUUGAAACAACCUAUAUGACAAAAUUUACUGCAGACACAUACAAAGCUGAUUACGUACGAAAUACAUUAUCAUACUCAUCCUUAAGUCAAGCAGCACCUAUCAAAGGCAAUGAACCACUCCCCCCAUCCACCUUUCCUUUACAGUCCUUAAAAGAAUCAACAAUGAGUAAUAUUGAUUAUCCUCAAUUGUUAGAUUAUUAUAAAAUCGCCUAUGCCAUGCCCAAUCUCAUUUCUUACCAUGAUGCCAGCUUGUCACAAUAUUUUUAUAAUUCGAUAAAUGACAAUGAACACAGAGAUGAAGGUAUUGUAAUCUGCUUGCCAGAAUUCUUUGCUGAUAAUUAUCACAGCAUCUUGCCUGUACAUCGUAUACACUUAGAGAUUGCAACUGCUGUAGAUGUAACUGAUAUGAAUGAAGAAAGAAUGCUGGUCAUUCCUAUGCCAAAAAAUACUAUGCCUGAAGCCUUUAUGAAUAAUUAUGCACUAUGA